UUGCAGGAUUUAGAGAGGUUUCACGGAGUGAUACAAUAAAUAACAAUGGGUGUUUAUGUGCUAAUUUCUGUCGUAACAGUAGCUUGUUUCGUAAUGGUCAAAGGUUCCUUCGUAAAUGGACGGUUUGUCAGCAAUUAUGCAGAUAAUGGGUUUGACGACUCGGGGAGUUUUCUUGGAGGCGGUAGCGGAGGAAUUGGAGGAGGAAUUGGGGGUGGACUCUCUGGUGGUAUGAUAGGAGGUGGAAUGAGCCAUAAAUUCAGCGGAGGCUCUGGUAUCGGUGGUGGUAUCGGUGGAGGUAUCGGUAGUGGUAUCGGUAGCGGUAUCGGUGGAGGUAUUGGUGGAGGUAUCGGUAGCGGUAUCGGCGGAGGUAUUGGUGGAAUUCAACAAGGACUUGGAGGCGGUUUUGGUGGAAUGCAAAAGGGAUUUGGCGGUGGUAUAGGCGGUAUUGGCGGGAUCCAGCAAGGAAUUGGUGGUGGAUUAGGCGGUGUUGGUGGACUACAGCAAGGAAUUGGCGGUGGAUUCGGCGGAAUGCAUAAAGGAUUUAGCGGUGGCAUUGGUGGAAUGCAGCAAGGAUUCGGUGGUAUUGGAGGGCUUCAGCAAGGAAUUGGCGGUGGCAUCGGAGGAAUGCAUAAAGGAUUUGGUGGCGGUAUGGGUAGAAUUGGUGGAAUCCAACAAGGCUUUGGUGGUAUUGGUGGGCUUCAGCAAGGAAUUGGUGGUGGUUUGGGUGGAGGAUUAGGUGGAAUGCAUAAAGGAUUCGGUGGUGGAAUUGGUGGUAUCGGUGGAAUGCAGCAAGGAUUAUCUGGUGGCUUUAUUGGCGGUCGACACGGACAAUUUGGCGGCGGACAAAUGUCAGCAGGGCUCGGAGGAUUUUCAAUGGGAACUAGCAGUUUGGGCGGUAUGGGUGGGAUCAUGGAUGGCGGAAGAAGGUCAUGGAAAAUGUACUGAGACUGAGAAUAGAAAAUUUGACUGCGAGCGAUUCGCAUUUUUGAUUUUUGGUUCUGCGUGAAGUCACGUGACAUUUGCAGACGGUUUUAUGACGAAAGCGGCAGACGACAUUUUUAAAUGAUAACAACAUCGUGUAUUGAAUUGUUUUAUGUUUAUAUACUUAUUACUGUAAAAAUGACAACACUUUAUGUUAUCAUUCUGCUACAUAUUUGAAUAAAGAUAAAUGCAUUAUA